GUUUAGGGCCGAGGGCUGUCUACUUUGAGUGUGGACCGCAGUGUUCCCAGUGCAGUAGAUGGCAGCAAUACACAACAAUUGGUGUAUUCUGCUAUAAAACCUUGACGAUGAAGAAGAAGAAAAAUAAGUGUUCCCAAACAAACAACCUCUCCCCGCUCUUCAACUGGUCGUACAGUACAGCAACAUUCCGUUCAAUUGAACGUGUCAGAGCGUAAAAACGAACGCAGCCCUGGUUUCUACGGGUUCACAAAACAACAAUGGUGUCCAGUUCGCAACAGGUUCGUUUUAGGCUUCUCCCCAGCCCUCGCUGUUUCUUCGACGAGCCACUACACGUGCAGGUAGAUGGACUAUCUCCGUACCAGAAAGUGGAGUUAAGGUCCAACCUCCGGGACGAUAAAGGGGUCAUCUUCAGAGCUUCCUCCGUGUAUAAGGCAGGUGCUACAGGACAAGUGGACCUUUCCCGCUCUCCUUCUCUUGGCGGCAGUUACACGGGAGUUGAACCCAUGGGCUUGUUUUGGGCCAUGGCGCCCGAGACUCCACACAGCAAAAUGUUAAAAAAUAAUGUGUUGGGUUCAAUUAUGGUGAAUAUAGAUGUUCUGCAUGGGGAUACAGGUGAGCUCUUGGCCACAACGACCAACGAGAGGCGGUUCAUGACAGAGGGGGCGAGGAGGAUACCGUUGGGCUUGAAAGAAGGAAGAAUUCGGGGGGUCCUCUUUCUACCACCCGGUCAGGGUCCAUUUCCUGGGGUACUAGAUGUGUAUAUUCUGGGUGGAGGUCUUUCAGAGGUCCGGGCCAGUCUGCUGGCUAACAAAGGAUUCGUGGUUCUGGCGCUGGCCUACUACGGCUACCAGGACAUGUCCAGAAACGUUCCUGCACACUUUGACCUGGAGUACUUUGAAGAGGCCAUUACAUUCCUGAGGAGACAGCCACAGGUCCAGGGUCCAGGAAUAGGAAUCCUGUCCAUCUCGAAGAGUGGCGACCUGGCUCUGUCCAUGGCUUCUUUUCUCUCUGGCAUCUCAGCCACAGUCUGGAUCAACGGCAGCAACGCUAAUAUCAUGACGCCGCUGCACUACAAAGACCUCGUCAUCCCUCCCCUCAUGCCUAUCCUAGAGAACAUCACCCUCUUACCGUCUGGCCACGUCGACGUCCGAGACACCAUUCCGGACCCAGAUACUGAGGGGAACCGCGGUUCUUUGAUCCCAAUAGAACGUUCCAGUUCUAGGUUCCUCUUCGCCGUCUCGGAGGACGACAGGAACUGGAACAGUUGUCUCUUUGCCCAGCAGGCCGCCGCCCGGCUGAGGCAUCAUGGGAAAGAGAACUUUGAGGUGGUGGCGUACCCCAGGGCGGGUCAUUUCCUGGAGGUGCCCUACAUGCCCCACUGCCCGUCUGGCUUCCACUCUCUGGCGGGUAAAGUGGUGGUGUUUGGAGGAGAGGUUAAAGCCCACCAUGAGGCUCAGCUGGACCUGUGGAGGAGGGUCCAGGAGUUCUUCAGGACACACCUGAAGGACAGCAGCAACACUGGCCAGAAAUCUAUGUUAUAAACUAAAGGGUGAGACACACAGGGAUGGACUUGGGCCUGUCUGGGCUAAAGAUAAGAAUAUUUUUCUAAACACAUCUACAUUAAUGUGGAUGCUACCAUGAUUGCGGAUAAUCCUGAAUGAAUAAUGAUGAG